CAGCAGUGCCGAGUCCCUGGACCGGCUGUACCCGGCGGUGGGGUCCACCAAGCCCCCCCGGAAACGGACCACCAGCCAGUGCAAGUCUGAGCCCCCCCUGCUGCGGACCAGCAAGAGGACCAUCUACACAGCUGGGCGGCCACCCUGGUACAAUGAGCACGGGACACAGUCCAAGGAGGCCUUUGUGAUCGGCCUGGGAGGAGGCAGUGCCUCUGGGAAGACCACAGUGGCCACCAUGAUCAUUGAGGCUCUUGAUGUUCCAUGGGUGGUUCUGCUCUCCAUGGACUCCUUCUAUAAGGUGUUGACCAAGCAGCAACAGGAGCAGGCAGCCAGCAAUGACUUCAACUUUGACCACCCCGAUGCCUUUGACUUUGACCUCAUCAUCGCCACCCUGAAGAAGCUGAAGCAAGGCAAGAGUGUGAAGAUCCCCAUCUAUGACUUCACCACCCACAGCCGGAAGAAGGAAUGGAAAACCUUGUAUGGUGCCAACGUGAUUAUCUUUGAAGGCAUCAUGGCAUUUGCAGACAAGGAGCUCCUGAAGCUCCUGGACCUGAAGAUAUUUGUGGACACGGACUCGGACAUCCGCCUGGUGCGGCGCCUGCGCCGCGACAUCAGCGAGCGCGGCCGGGACAUCGAGGGUGUCAUCAAGCAGUACAACAAGUUUGUCAAACCCGCCUUCGACCAGUACAUCCAGCCCACCAUGCGCCUGGCCGACAUCGUCGUGCCCCGAGGGAGUGGGAACACAGUGGCCAUCGACCUGAUUGUCCAGCAUGUCCACAGCCAGCUGGAAGAGCGUGAACUCAGUGUCAGGGCCGCCCUGGCCUCUGCCCACCAGUGCCACCCCCUUCCUCAGACCCUCAGUGUGCUGAAGAGCACCCCUCAGGUGAGGGGCAUGCACACCAUCAUCAGAAACAAGGAGACCAGCAGGGACGAGUUCAUCUUCUACUCCAAGAGGCUGAUGCGGUUGCUGAUCGAGCACGCGCUCUCCUUGCUCCCAUUCCAGAGUUGCACAGUCCAGACCCCUCAGGGACAGGACUACGAAGGGAGGACCUACAGUGGGAAGCAAAUCACCGGGGUGUCCAUCCUGCGCGCGGGGGAGACGAUGGAGCCGGCGCUGCGGGCGGUCUGCAAGGACGUGCGCAUCGGGACCAUCCUCAUCCAGACCAACUGCAACACAGGGGAGCCCGAGCUCCACUACCUGCGGCUGCCCAAGGACAUCAGUGAGGACCACGUCAUCCUGAUGGACUGCACGGUGUCCACGGGCGCCGCGGCCAUGAUGGCGGUGCGGGUGCUGCUGGAUCAUGACGUCCCAGAAGACAAGAUCUUCCUCCUCUCCCUGCUUAUGGCAGAGAUGGGUGUCCACUCAGUUGCCUAUGCUUUUCCCCGGGUGAAGAUCAUCACCACAGCUGUGGACAAGAAGGUGAAUGACCUUUUCCGGAUAAUCCCUGGCAUCGGGAACUUUGGUGAUCGGUACUUCGGGACGGACGCUCCCCCUGACUGGAGUGAUGAUGAAGAUGCUCUGAGCACUUAGCUGGAUGUGGAGAUGCCAGUGGCACCAGGCAGCUUCAGCACUGCACCUUAAUCCCUCUGUCCCUUGCAGAUUUCUUCUCUUCACCAAGCAUAGAUAUUUUUUUCAAAUCUUACAUUGGAGAUCUAGGGCAUAUUUUUUCAAAGAAACACAAAUCCUAGUUUGACGUUAUGGGCAGUCGUGUGUCCCAGCAAAGAGUGGAGUUAAUUUAUUUUAAUUUAAAUAUUUGCCUAUAUAACUUAUUGGAGAUAUUUUAUAAAGAAAAAUAAUAAAUUUUUUCUCUGGUUUUCUUGAA